AUCCGGACUCAGAUUCUUGCCCAAAGAGUUCAGGUGAUGAGGCCCCCAACUCUCCUGCUGCUGCUCUCAGGGGCGCUGGCCCUGACGGAGACCUGGGCCGGCUCCCACUCCCUGAGGUAUUUCUCCACCGCGAUGUCCCGGCCCGGCCCCGGGGAGCCCCGCUUCAGCUUCAUCACCGUGGGGUACGUGGACGACACGCAGUUCGUGCGGUUCGACAGCGACUCCCCGGAGCAGAAGAAGGAGCCGCGGGCGCCCUGGAUGGAGCAGGAGGGGCCGGAGUACUGGGCGCGGGAGACGCAGAUCUCCAGGAACGCCAUGGCGGUGUACCGGGGCAACCUGCGCACCGCGCUGCGCUACUACAACCAGAGCGAGGACGGCUCUCACACCAUCCAGAGGAUGUACGGCUGCGACGUGGGGCCCGACGGGCGCCUCCUCCGCGGGUACUGGCAGUUCGCCUACGACGGCGCCGACUACAUCGCCCUGAACGAGGACCUGCGCUCCUGGACCGCGGCGGACGCGGCGGCUCAGAUCAGGCGCAAGUGGGAGGAGGCUGGAGAGGCGGAGCGCGUCAGGAACUACCUGGAGGGCAGGUGCGUGGAGUCGCUGCGCAGGUACCUGGAGCACGGGAAGGAGACGCUGCAGCGCUCAGUUGCCCCAAAGACACACAUGACCCACCACCCCACCUCUGACCAGAAGGUCAUCCUGAGGUGCUGGGCCCUGGACUUCUACCCUGCGGACAUCACCCUGACCUGGCAGCGAGAUGGGGAGGACCUGACCCAGGACACAGAGCUGGUGGAGACCAGGCCUGGGGAGGAUGGAACCUUCCAGAAGUGGGCGGCUGUGGUGGUGCCUUCUGGGGAGGAGCAGAGAUACACGUGCCACGUGCAGCAUGGGAUGGAGAAGCCCCGAGUCCUGACUUGGGUGCCCCCUCCUCAGUCCUCCAUCCUCACCGUGGGCAUCAUCGCUGGCCUGGUUCUCCUUGGAGUUCUUGUGCUCACUGGAGCUGCCGUGGCUGCAGCUGUGAUGUGGAGGAAGAAGCGCUCAGGUGGAAAAGGAGGAAGCUACACUCAGGCUGCAGGCAGUGACAGUUCCCAGGGCUCUGAUGUGUCUCUCACAGCUGCUAAAGUGUGAGCCAGCUGCCUUGUCGGGGCUGAGUGAUGCAGGAUUUCUUCUCACCUCCACUUCGUAACUUCAAGAUCCCUGGCUUCCUUUGCUGCAAAAGGCAUCGGAAUGUGUCUCUGUUCUUAUGAGAUAAUGUGAGGAGGUGGGGAGACUGGGCCAGCCCAGGCCCCUCCCCACACUGACCUGUGUCUCUCCUUGAUGAUUUCCCUGUUGCAGCAAAAGCAGCUUCAUCUGCCUCUACCCCUGUCUUUGUGUUUUCUUCAAGAACAGUAACUACUUCCCUCUUGAAAUAAUAAUUGAGUUCUGAAAUUACUUUAUGUGAUCUUACCUGAUGGGUUUGGGGGCUGAUAAAAAUGAUCCCUAAAAUUUGAGUGAAAUAAAUGGGAAACUUUCCAGAAUCAUGUGUUUGCUGUGCUGUGUCUCUGCAGGUGGGGGCAGGAGAGGCUGUAGGAGCUGAGAGGGACGGAGCCUGUAUCUAGUCGUUGCUCAGUGCAUUGUGGGUUUUGACAUGGUCACUCCUCAGGGGUCAUCUCUCUGCUCCUUUGUCCUUGUCCUUCAGGAGCACCUGUCCCAGCAGGCCCUGUGAUCACAGGGACCC